GAAGAAGAAGAAGAAGAAGAAGAAGAAGAAGAAGAAGAAGAAGAAGAAGAAGAAGAAGAAGAAAUGGAAGAAGAAGAAAAAGAAAAGCAGUCGAAGAAGGAGGAAGAAGAAGAAGAAGAAGAAGAAGAAGAAGAAGAAGAAGAAGUUAGAUGCUCUCCUCGGCUACAGGUGGGGAUGAAAGGUUACUGGCGGCGGGAGAGGAAAGCCGCUGCGACAGAUCGCAUUAGCCUUAGGACAUAA